CCUCCCGCGCCUCUUAUCGGCCGCCAUGAUUUGGCGUGACGUUGUCUCAGAUAUCGUCCUUUAGUGAAAAGCUCUUUUCACUCAUAGCUAUAAUUUUCUCGUCUAUAUUUUUUUUAAAGCUUUUACUUUUUUUUUAAUACUUUUUAUAAUAAGAGCAAGAACCAUGGCGCACACUCACUCUCACGACGGCGUUCCGCACUCCCACAAUGGCUUCUCAGCUCAAGAGCACGGCCACUCUCACGAAAUCCUCGAUGGCCCCGGCAGCUAUAUCGGACGCGAAAUGCCCAUCGUCGAGGGCCGCACCUGGUCUGAUCGCGCAUUCACGAUUGGAAUCGGCGGUCCCGUCGGCUCAGGCAAGACAGCCUUGAUGCUGGCGCUCUGCCUCGCCCUCAGGGAGAAAUACUCUCUCGCCGCCGUCACAAACGACAUCUUCACCAAGGAAGACGCCGAGUUUCUCACCCGCCACGCUGCUCUUCCUCCGCAGCGCAUCCGCGCCAUCGAGACCGGCGGCUGCCCCCACGCGGCUGUCCGCGAAGACAUCUCGGCCAAUCUCGCUGCCCUGGAAGAUCUGCAUGCCGAGUUCGAUUCUGACCUGCUGCUCAUCGAGUCCGGGGGCGAUAACCUGGCUGCAAACUACAGCCGCGAGCUUGCCGACUUCAUCAUCUACGUUAUUGAUGUCAGUGGUGGCGACAAGGUGCCCCGGAAAGGAGGUCCCGGCAUCACGCAGAGCGACCUGUUGGUGGUGAACAAGACGGAUCUGGCCGAGGCUGUGGGGGCGGACCUGGGAGUCAUGGAGAGGGAUGCGAGAAAGAUGCGAGAAGGGGGACCGACGGUUUUCGCACAGGUGAAGAAGGAUGUGGGCGUGGAUCACAUUGUGAAUCUCAUCCUGAGUGCGUGGAAGGCGAGCGGCGCAGAGGAGGAGAGGAGGAGUCGUGGAGGGCCGAGGCCGACUGAGGGUCUUGAGGCGUUGAAGAAGGAGGCUUAGGGAAAAUUGUAUGAUGUUUGAAGAUGUGUGUAUAUGGGGGAGAAAGACUCUGGCAGUCUGUGAUACAUAGGUAGGUAGAUGGUAAUCAACGAUCCCUGUACUUAUUAUCCGUGGGAUGAGUUCAAAGGAGCUUCAGUUCUCACCGGGCCUGGGGGAGGGGCAAAAUAGAGUCCGCAAGGUGAAACUAACCACAGAUAAAAAUGAAAACACCAAGUUAUAAAUCG